GCAUUUUAUUUUGGAUACGCUGAUUAACACGGAUUAAGGAAACGUCAUAAUGGCUAACGGUUUCGAAGACUUUUGUGGAGGAACAUUUUGGAACAACACGGAACUCUUACACAACUCCUGGCCAGAGCUGACGCCAUGCUUCCGGUCUACAGUGCUAAUUUGGGUGUCGGUGUUUUUCUUAUGGGUGUCCGCUGUCUUCUAUUUGCCCUACAUAAUCUCCCAGAAGACAAAGACCAGGCUCCCCAUCUCGGUUCUCAACAUUGUCAAAACUUUUAGCAGCGGCAUACUCUGUUUCCUGUCACUCGUCAACAUUCUCCACCUGGUGGCCACCCAGAACAACGGGAACACAGUUUCACAGGCUGAAUAUCUAGGCUUCACUCUGCAGUUUAUCACAUACCUGCUGACGAUCGUUAUCAUGCAGAUAGAUCGACUGAGAGGGGUAUAUACGUCUGGUAUAUUGUUCGUGUUCUGGACACUGGAAGUGAUGACUGCUGUUAUACCAUUUUAUACUUACAUAAUACAAAAGGUUAGUUCCCUUCCCAUGAUGGUUGGCAUUAUGGUUAAAGUGUUUGUCCGAGACAUCGAAUGUGGCAAGUACCUUUCAUCACAAGUCUAA